CUGGGCCCCCCUGUCUGCCUCCUCCGCUGGGGCUCAUCACCUGAGAGGGAAGGCUGAUGGCCAGGGAGGGAAGGGGCAGCUCCUGUCUGGGUUUUCUCAGGCGACAGGGUGUUACCGUGAGAGAACAGGCCCCGCCUGUCACCAACUAGCUGUCACCUGGCCUGCGUUCCCUCCGCCAGCACUUCAUUUCAUGGGGCCUUGGGCCUUUUGCCUUCAAGAAACAACCCCUUCUGUCUUUUCACAACCCCUGUGGGGUCACAUCUUGUACUUCUAAGGCUGUACUUAGGGAGAGCUAGUUUGCCAACUGGCUGAGGGAAAGGAGUGCAUUUGGGGUAGAUAUUGCUAAAAUGCAUUCUGUGGAACCCCAGUCCCAGGAGCUCUGUGUGAAAAAGUGUUCCAACUUAAGCAAGUUUGAGAAGCAGUAGUCUCUGCUGCCCUCAUCUUGGUGUUUGAGACAUCUUGGACUUAGGGGAACUGGCUCAGCCACGUUUAGCAGCCAUUACCAGAUGUGUUUGUCUGUGGGACCUCCCCCAUUCCCAGUCCUGUCCAGUCACUGUGCUCUGGACUUUCCUCUUGAGCAGAGGGGCUGGGCACUUCAAAAGAAAGGGCCCUCCCUUUUCUUUCAGCUCUCUUGCCCACAGGCUGUCUUCAGCUGUGGGUUCAGGCCUGCCUGCCCCUCCCCCCCUCCAGGAAGCAGAUGAGGAAAGGCUGGGGGCCAGGGGGAGCUGGCCUCCUUGGCUGCAGCUGUGGGGCUGCCGCUCCAGCCUGUUUUUUCCUGCUGCUGAUGCCCACAGGAGCGAGUGGGAGUGGAGUCACCAGGGCCUGGCUGCCCGGCACAAGGCCUCUGAGCCAGAGCUUCAGCCCCUGCUUGCCUCAGAGACACCGCCCACCCCCCAACUCCGAGAUGCCGGUGGGCAGCCAGCAGGUCUCUCCUCAGUGAUGGUGACCCAAGGGCUGCGGGCAUAUGAUGGCUUGUCUCUGCCUGAAGACGCGGAGACGGUCACCAUGGGCCGGGCUGGCUGGAGCUAUCCAGACCUUUCUGAUGAUGAGGACUUGCUGGCUGACGAAGCUGAGGCAUCUGGAGAGGGCCUGGGCAGUGGAGACCUGGGCAGUGGGGACUUCCAGAUGGUUUAUUUCCGGGCCCUGGUAAAUUUCACUCGCUCCAUCGACUAUAGCCCUCAGCUGGAGGAUGCAAGCUCCAAGGAGUUCCUAGAGGUGUCCGAGGCUGUGGUAAACACGCUGGAGGCAGAGUACUUGAAGAUUCCUGGAGACCAGGUUGUCAAUGUCGUGUUCAUCAAGAAGCUGGACAGCUGGGUCUUUGUGGAACUGGACGUGGGCUCAGAAGGGAAUGCGGACGGGGCUCAGAUUGAGGAAGUGCUGCGCUCGGUCAUCGCCAAUGGCUCCAUCGCCUCCUACACCACCUCUCUCCAGGGAUUCCAGUUCCGACGUCUAGGCACAGUGCCCCAGUAUACAAGAGUCUGCACUGAGGCCGAGUUUGCCUGCCACAGCCACAACGAGUGUGUGCCUCUGGAGUACCGCUGUGACCGGAGACCCGACUGCAGGGACAUGUCCGAUGAGCUCGAUUGUGAGGAGCCCAUCAGCUCCACGCCACCCCAUCUGGUGGAGACAUCACCUUUACCACCCCGGCCAGAGACAACCACAUUGCAGCCACCAGUCACCCCCACCCCUCAGCAGCUGCUUCCCCAUCUGCCCGGGACUCUGCACUGUGGGCCCCAUGAGGCCAUGUGCCACAGCGGGCACUGCAUCCCCAAAGACUAUGUCUGCGAUGGGCAGGAGGACUGCAAGGAUGGCAGUGAUGAGCUGGACUGCGGCCCUGCCCCGCCCUGUGAGCCCAAUGAAUUUGCCUGUGGAAACGGGCACUGUGCCCUCAAGCUGUGGCACUGUGAUGGCGACUACGACUGUGAGGACCGCACUGAUGAGGCCAACUGCACCGCCAAGCGCCCCGAGGAUGUCUGUGGGCCCACCCAGUUCCGCUGCGUCUCCACAAGCACGUGCAUCCCGGCCAGCUUCCACUGCGACGAGGAGAGUGACUGUCCCGAUCGCAGUGACGAGAUUGGCUGCAUGCCCCCUCAGGUGGUGACCCCUCCCCAGGAGUCCAUCCAGGUUUCCCGGGGCCAGACGGUGACCUUCACCUGCGAGGCCAUCGGGGUCCCUACCCCCAUCAUCAACUGGAGGCUCAACUGGGGCCACAUCCCGUCUAAUGCCAGGGUGACAAUGACCAGCGAAAGAGGCCGUGGCACGCUGACCAUCCGCGAUGUGAAGGAGGCCGACCAGGGUGCCUACACCUGUGAGGCCAUGAACGCCCGAGGCAUGGUGUUCGGCAUCCCUGACGGUGUCCUAGAGCUCAUCCCACAGAGAGGGCCCUGUCCUGAAGGACACUUCUACCUGGAAGACAGCGCCUCCUGCCUGCCCUGCUUCUGCUUUGGUGUCACCAGGGUGUGCCAGAGUAGCCGCCGCUUCCGAGACCAAAUCCAACUGCGCUUUGACCAGCCUGACGACUUCAAGGGCGUGAACGUGACGAUGCCCUCGCAGCCCGGCAUGCCCCCCCUCUCUUCCACCCAGCUGCAGAUUGACACUGCCAGGCAGGAGUUCCAGCUGGUCGACCUGUCUCGCCGCUUCCUGGUCCAUGACUCCUUCUGGGCUCUGCCUGAGCAGUUCUUGGGCAACAAGGUGGACUCUUACGGUGGCUCCCUGCGCUACAAGGUGCACUACGAGCUAGCACGUGGCACACUGGAGCCAGUGCAGCGGCCAGAUGUAGUCCUCGUGGGUGCUGGGUAUCGCCUUCUCUCCCGAGGCCACACGCCCACCCAACCCGGCACCCUGAACCAGCGCCAGGUCCAGUUCUCUGAGGAGCACUGGGUCCAUGAGUCUGGUCGGCCAGUGCAGCGGGCGGAGAUGCUGCAGGUGCUGCAGAGCCUGGAGGCCGUGCUCAUCCAGACAGUGUACAACACCAAGAUGGCUAGUGUGGGGCUCAGCGACAUCAUCAUGGAUACCACUGUCUCCCAUGCUACCAGCCAUGGCCGUGCCCACAGUGUGGAGGAAUGCAGGUGCCCUGCUGGCUACACCGGCUUGUCCUGUGAGAGCUGUGAUGCCCACUUCACCCGAGUGCCUGGUGGGCCCUACUUGGGCACCUGCUCUGGCUGUAACUGCAAUGGCCAUGCCAGCUCCUGUGAUCCCGUGUAUGGCCACUGCCUGAAUUGUCAACACAACACAGAGGGGCCACAGUGCAACAAAUGCAAAGCUGGUUUCUUUGGGGAUGCCACAAAGGCCACGGCCACUGCCUGCCGACCUUGCCCUUGUCCGUACAUCGACACCUCCCGCAGAUUCUCAGAUACCUGCUUCCUGGACACAGAUGGCCAAGCCACAUGUGACGCAUGUGCCCCAGGCUACACGGGCCGCCGCUGCGAGAGCUGUGCCCCCGGAUAUGUGGGCAACCCCAUUCAGCCAGGCGGAAAGUGCAGGGCCACCACCCAGGAGAUUGUGCGCUGUGAUAAUCGAGGCAGCAUAGGGACCUCUGGGGAGACCUGCCUUUGUAAGAACAACGUGGUGGGGCGCCUGUGCAACGAGUGUGUGGCUGGCUCUUUCCACCUGAGUAACCACAACCCCGAUGGCUGCCUCAAGUGCUUCUGCAUGGGUGUCAGUCGCCAGUGCACCAGCUCCUCCUGGAGCCGAGACCAGGUGCACGGGACCUCUGAGGAGCCCACUCAGUUCAGCCUGACCAACGCUGCAGGCACCCACACCACCAGCGAGGACAUCUCAUCCCCCUCACCCGGGGAACUGGUCUUUUCCUCCUUCCACAACCUCCUAACCGGACCCUACUUCUGGAGCCUCCCUUUGCGCUUCCGUGGGGACAAGGUCACCUCCUAUGGAGGAGAGUUGCGCUUCACGGUGACCCAGCGGCCCCACCCUGGCGCCCUGCCCCUACACCGGCAGCCCCUGGUGGUGCUCCAGGGCAACGGCAUCGUCUUGGAGCAUCACACCUCCCAGGACCUUAUUCCUGGCCAACCCAGCACCUUCACCGUGCCGUUCCGGGAGCAAGCCUGGCAGCGGCCCGACGGGCAGCCGGCCACACGGGAGCACCUGUUGAUGGCGCUGGCGGGUAUUGAUGCCCUCCUGAUCCAGGCAUCCUAUACCCAGCGGCCAGCUGAGAGCAGGGUCUCUGGCAUCACCAUGGACGUGGCUGUGCCCGAGCACACGGGCCAGGAUCCUGCCCUGGAGGUGGAGCAGUGUACCUGCCCACCUGGGUACCGCGGCCCCUCCUGCCAGGACUGUGACACCGGCUACACACGCAUGCCCAGCGGCCUCUACCUGGGUACCUGUGAACGAUGCAGCUGCCAUGGUCACUCGGAGGCCUGUGAGCCCGAAACAGGAGCCUGCCAGGGCUGCCAGCAUCACACGGAGGGUCCUCGGUGUGAGCAGUGCCAGCCCGGGUACUACGGGGACGCCCAGAGGGGGACGCCGCUGGACUGCCAACCGUGCCCGUGCUAUGGAGCCCCCGCCAGUGGCCAGGCCACCCACACUUGCUUUCUGGACACAGACGGCCACCCCACCUGUGAUGCGUGCUCCCCAGGCCACAGUGGGCGUCACUGUGAGAGGUGUGCCCCCGGUUACUAUGGCAAUCCCAGCCAAGGCCAGCCAUGCAGAAGAGAUGGCCAAAUACCAGACCUGAACGGCUGUGGCUGCGACCCCCAGGGCAGCAUCGGCAGCCAGUGUGACGCUGCUGGCCAGUGCCAGUGCAAGGCCCAAGUAGAAGGCCUCACCUGUAGCCACUGUCGACCCCACCACUUCCACCUGAGUGCCAGGAACCCUGAUGGCUGCCUGACCUGCUUCUGCAUGGGCGUCACCCAGCAGUGCGCCAGCUCCUCUUACACCCGCCACCUGAUCUCUACCCACUUUGCCCCCGGGGAUUUCCAAGGCUUUGCUCUGGUGAACCCACAAAGGAACAGCCACCUGACGGGGGGUUUUACCGUGGAGCCCGUGCCCGAGGGGGCCCAGCUAUCCUUCAGCAACUUCGCCCACCUCGGCCACGAGUCCUUCUACUGGCAGCUGCCAGAGACGUACCAGGGAGACAAGGUAGCAGCUUAUGGCGGGAGACUGCGCUACACCCUCUCCUACACAGCGGGGCCGCAGGGCAGCCAGCUCUCAGACCCUGACGUCCAGAUCACGGGCAACAACAUCAUGCUGGUGGCCUCCCAACCGGCACCGCAGGGCCCAGAGAGGAAGAGCUACGAGAUCAUGUUCCACGAGGAAUUCUGGCAACGGCCUGACGGGCAGCCGGCCACACGCGAGCACCUCCUGAUGGCGUUGGCUGACCUGGACGAGCUGCUGGUUCGGGCCACCUUCUCCUCCGUGCCGGUGGCGGCCAGCAUCAGCGCCGUCAGCCUGGAGGUAGCCCAGCCUGGGCCCUCAAACGGACCCCGGGCCCUCGAGGUGGAGGAGUGCCGCUGCCCCCCGGGCUAUGUCGGUCUGUCCUGCCAGGACUGUGCCUCGGGCUACACCCGCACGGGGAGUGGGCUCUACCUCGGCCAAUGUGAGCUGUGUGAGUGCAAUGGCCACUCGGACCUGUGCCACCCAGAGACCGGGGCCUGCUCGCAGUGCCAGCACAACACCGCCGGGGAGUUCUGCCAGCUGUGUGCGCCUGGCUACUACGGAGAUGCCACAGCCGGGACACCCGAGGACUGCCAGCCCUGUGCCUGCCCACUGACCAACCCAGAGAACAUGUUCUCCCGCACCUGUGAGAGUCUGGAAGCUGGUGGGUACCGCUGCACGGCCUGUGAGCCUGGCUACACCGGCCAGUACUGCGAGCAGUGUGCCCCAGGUUAUGUGGGCAACCCCAAUGUGCGGGGAAGCCGGUGUCUGCCACAGGCUGACCAUGCCUCUCUGGUGGUCCGGGUCCAUCCUCCUCGGAGCAUAGUACCCCAAGGUGGCUCCCACUCCCUGCGGUGCCAGGUCAGCGGGACCCCACCCCACUACUUCUACUGGUCUCGUGAAGAUGGACAGCCAGUGCCCAGCAGCACCCAACAGCGACAUCAAGGCUCCGAACUCCAUUUCCCCAGCAUCCAGCCCUCAGAUGCGGGAGUCUACAUUUGCACCUGCCGUAACCUCCAUCUUGCCAAUACCAGCCGGGCAGAGCUGCUGGUCACUGAGGCCCCGAGCAAGCCCAUCACAGUGACAGUGGAGGAGCAGCGGAGCCAGAGUGUUCGCCCCGGAGCUGACGUCACCUUCAUCUGCACAGCCAAGAGCAAGUCUCCAGCUUACACCCUGGUGUGGACCCGCCUGCACAAUGGGAAACUGCCAGCCCGCGCCAUGGACUUCAAUGGCAUCUUGACCAUUCGCAAUGUGCAGCCGAGCGACGCGGGCACCUACGUGUGCACCGGCUCCAACAUGUUCGCCAUGGACCAGGGCACAGCCACACUGCAUGUGCAAGCCUCGGGCACCCAGUCUGCCCCUGUGGUCUCCAUCCACCCGCCGCAGCUCACGGUACAGCCCGGGCAGCUGGCUGAGUUCCGCUGCAGCGCCACAGGGCACCCCACGCCCACCAUUGAGUGGUCAGGGGGCCCUGGCGGCCAGCUCCCGCAGAAGGCACAAAUCCACGGUGGCAUCCUGCGCCUACCAGCCACUGAGCCCGCCGAUCAGGCCCAGUACUUGUGCCGAGCCCACAGCAGUGCUGGGCAGCACAUGGCCAGGGCCGUGCUCCACGUGCAUGGGGGCAGCGGGCCCAGGGUCCAGGUGAGCCCAGAGAGCACCCAGGUUCAGGAAGGCCACACUGUCAGGCUGUACUGCAGGGCCACGGGUGUCCCCAGUGCCACCAUCACCUGGAGGAAGGAAGGAGGCAGCCUCCCUCUGCAGGCCCGGUCUGAAAGCAACGACAUCGCCACGCUGCUCAUCCCAGCCAUCACGGCCGCCGACGCUGGCUUCUACCUCUGUGUGGCCACCAGCCCCGCGGGCACUGCCCAGGCCCGCAUCGAAGUGAUCGUCCUUGCAGCCUCCGGUUCCAGCUCCCACCCAGUCAGGAUCGAGACUUCAUCACCUUCUAUGACUGAAGGGCAGACGCUGGACCUCAGCUGUGUGGUGGCAGGACAGACCCAGGCCCAGGUCACGUGGUACAAGCGAGAGGGCAGCCUGCCUCCCCGCACCCAGGUCCAUGGCUCCCGCCUGCGACUCCCCCAGGUGUCGCCAGCUGAUUCUGGGGAAUACGUGUGCCGCGUGGAGAACGGGUCGGGACCCAAGGAGGCCUCCGUCAUCAUCUCUGUUCACGGCUCCCAGGAGCCAGGCAACACCCAGCCCAUCCGCAUCGAGCCCUCCUCCUCCCACGUGGCCGAAGGGCAGACCCUGGAUCUGAACUGCGUGGUGCCCGGGCAGGCCCACGCCCAGGUCACCUGGCACAGGCGUGGGGGCAGCCUCCCUGCCCGGCACCAGACCCAUGGCUCGUUGCUGCGACUGUACCAGGUGUCCCCUGCUGACUCGGGCGAGUACUUCUGCCGAGUAGUCCUUGGCUCUCGGCCCCAGGAGACCUCUGUGCUAGUCUCCAUUGAGCCUGCCGGCUCCCUCUCUGCCCCAGGACCUGUCCCUCCCGUCAGGAUUGAGUCUUCAUCCCCCACUGUGGCCGAGGGGCAGACCCUGGACCUGAACUGUGUGGUAGCAGGGCAGGCCCACGCCCAGGUCACUUGGUACAAGCGCGGGGGCAGCCUCCCCGCCCGGCACCAGGUCCGUGGCUCCCGUCUGUACAUCUUCCAAGCUUCACCAGCUGACGCGGGCGAGUACGUCUGCCGGGCCAGCAAUGGUGUGGAGGCCUCCUUCAGGGUCACAGUAGCAGGGACCCAAGGGGCCAACUUCGCCUACCCUCCUGGUGGCUCCCAGCCCAUCCGCAUCGAGUCCUCCUCCUCCCAUGUGGCAGAGGGGCAGACCCUGGACCUGAACUGCGUGGUGCCCGGGCAGGCCCAUGCCCAGAUCACAUGGCACAAGCGUGGGGGCAGCCUCCCUGCCCGGCACCAGACCCACGGCUCACUGCUGAGGCUAAACCAGGUGACCCCGGCUGACUCAGGCGAGUAUGUGUGCCGAGUAGUGGGGGGCUCUGUGCCCCUGGAGGCCUCCGUCCUAGUCUCCAUCGAGCCUGCAAGCUCUGUGCCUGCACUGGGGGUCACCCCACCAGUCCGGAUUGAGUCCUCCUCCUCACACGUGGCUGAAGGGCAGACUCUGGAUCUCAACUGCCUAGUUUCUGGACAGGCCCAUGCCCAAGUCACAUGGCACAAGCGUGGUGGCAGCCUCCCUGCCCAGCACCAGGUGCAUGGCUCCAGGCUCCGGCUACCCCAGGUGACCCCAGCAGACUCUGGGGAGUAUGUAUGUCGCGUGGUGAGCAGCUCAGGCAUCCAGGAAGCCUCAGUCCUUGUCACCAUCCAAAAGCGCCUUGGCCCCUCCCACACCCAGAGCGUGGUGUACCCCGUCCGCAUCGAGUCCUCCUCAGCGUCCCUAGCCAAUGGACACAUGCUGGAACUCAACUGCCUGGUGGCCAGUCAGGCCCCCCACACCAUCACCUGGUACAAGCGUGGAGGCAGCCUGCCCAGCCGGCACCAGAUCGUGGGCUCCCGGCUGCGGAUCCCCCAGGUGACCCCUGCUGACUCGGGCGAGUAUGUGUGUCAUGUCAGUAACGGUGCCGGCUCCCAGGAGACCUCGCUCGUUGUCACCAUCCAGGGCAGUGGCUCCUCCCACGUGCCCAGCGUCUCCCCACCAAUGAGGAUCGAGUCCUCAUCCCCCACAGUGGUUGAAGGACAGAACUUGGAACUGAACUGCGUGGUCGCUGGGCAGCCCCAGGCCACCAUCACAUGGUACAAGCGUGGGGGAAGCCUUCCUUCCCGCCACCAGGCCCAUGGCUCCCGCCUGCGACUGUACCAGCUGUCCGUGGCUGACUCCGGCGAGUACGUGUGCCGAGCUAACAACAACAUCGAUGCCCAGGAGACCUCCAUCAUGGUUUCGGUCUCCCCCACUGCUGGCAGCCCCUCCAUCCCUGGCAGUGCCGUGCCCAUCAGAAUUGAGUCAUCUUCUUCACAUGUGGCUGAAGGGCAGACCCUGGAUCUGAACUGUGUGGUUGCUGGACAGGCCCACGCCCAGGUCACUUGGCAUAAGCGAGGGGGCAGCCUCCCUGCUCGCCACCAGGCGCAUGGCUCGUUGCUGCGGCUGCACCAGGUGUCCCCAGCUGACUCGGGCGAGUACGUGUGCCGCGUGGUGGGUGGCUCCGGCUCUCUGGAGGCCUCUGUCCUGGUCACCAUCGAGGCCUCUGGCUCUAGCGCUGUUCCUGCCCCUGCCCCUGGCGGAGCCCCAGCCAUCCACAUCGAGACCUCCUCCUCCCACGUGGCUGAAGGGCAGACCCUGGACCUGAAGUGCGUGGUUCCCGGGCAGGCCCAUGCCCAGAUCACAUGGCACAGGCGUGGAGACAACCUCCCUGCCCGGCACCAGGUCCACGGCCCCCUGCUGAGGCUGAACCAGGUGUCCCCGGCUGACUCUGGCGAGUACUCGUGCCAGGUGACUGGCAGCUCCCUGAAGGCUUCUGUCCUGGUCACCAUCGAGGCCGCUAACCCAAGCCCCAUUCCUGCCCCAGGACUGGCCCAGCCCAUCUACAUUGAGGGCACCUCCUCCCAUGUGGCCGAGGGGCAGACUCUGGACCUGAACUGCGUGGUGCCUGGGCAGGCCCAUGCCCAAGUCACAUGGCUCAAGCGCGGGGGCAGCCUUCCCGCCCGGCACCAGGCCCACGGCUCCCGGCUGCGCAUCCACCACGUGUCCCCCGCGGACUCCGGAGAAUACGUGUGCCGCGUGGUCGGCAGCUCGGGGCCCGAGCAGGAGGCCUCCUUCACGGUCACCGUCCCGCCGAGUGCUGGGUCCUCCUACCGCCUCAGGAGCCCUGUCAUCUCCAUUGACCCACCCAGCAGCACUGUGCAGCAGGGCCAAGACGCCAGCUUCAAGUGCCUCAUCCACGACGGGGCGGCCCCCAUCAGCCUUGAAUGGAAGACCCGGAACCAAGAGCUGGAGGACAAUGUCCACAUCAGCCCCAACGGCUCCAUCAUCACCAUCGUGGGCACCCGGCCCAGCAACCAGGGCACCUACCGUUGCGUGGCCUCCAAUGCCUACGGCGUGGCCCAGAGCGUCGUGAGCCUCAGCGUGCACGGACCCCCGGUGGUGUCUGUGCUCCCCGAGGGCCCUGUGCGGGUGAAAGUGGGCAAGGCUAUCACCCUGGAGUGUGUCAGUGCUGGGGAACCCCGCUCUUCUGCUCGCUGGACCCGCAUCGGCACCUCUGCCACCCUGGAACAGCAGACAUACGGGCUCAUGGACGGCCACACGAUGCUGCAGAUUUCAUCAGCUAAACCAUCAGAUGCAGGCACCUACGUGUGCCUCGCUCAGAAUGCACUGGGCACAGCCCAGAAGCGGGUAGAGGUGAUUGUGGAUACAGGUGCCGUGGCCCCAGGCGCCCCCCAGGUCCAGGUUGAAGAGGUUGAGCUGACCGUGGAGGCUGGACACACAGCUACCCUGCGCUGUUCAGCCACAGGCAGCCCCACGCCCACCAUCCACUGGUCCAAAUUACGCUCCCCGCUGCCCUGGCAGCACCGGCUGGAAGGUGACACACUGAUCAUCCCCCGGGUGGCCCAGCAAGACUCGGGCCAGUACAUCUGCAACGCCACCAGCCCUACCGGGCAUGCUGAAGCCACCAUCGCCCUGCACGUGGAGAGUCCACCAUAUGCCACCACAAUCCCAGAGCACAUCUCAGUGCAGGCAGGGGAGAUGGUGCAGCUCCACUGCGUGGCGCACGGGACACCCCCGCUCACCUUCCAGUGGAGCCGGGUGGGCGGCAGCCUCCCCGCAAGAGCCAUCACCAGGAACGAGCUACUUCGCUUUGAGCCUGCGUCUCCUGAGGACUCAGGCCGCUACCGCUGCCAGGUCACCAAUAGGGUGGGCACUGCCGAGGCCUUCGCCCAGGUGCUUGUCCAAGGCCCUUCCGGCUCCCAUCCCGCCAGCCCAGCCGGGUCCACGGCCACCAUUCAGAUCACACCUCAGAUAGAGACCAAGAGCAUUGGGGCGAGUGUCGAGUUCCACUGUGCCGUGCCCAGUGACAGGGGCACCCAGCUCCGCUGGAUCAAGGAAGGGGGUCAGUUGCCCCCUAACCACAGCGUGCAGGAUGGAGUGCUCCGAAUCCAGAACCUGGACCAGAGCUGCCAAGGGACGUAUAUUUGCCAGGCCCAAGGACCGUGGGGACGGGCCCAGGCCAGUGCCCAGUUGAUUGUCCAAGCCUUGCCCUCCGUGCUGAUCAACAUCCGGACCUCCGUGCACACUGUGGUGGUUGGACACGCGGUGGAGUUUGAGUGCCUGGCGCUGGGUGACCCCAAGCCUCAGGUGACAUGGAGCAAAAUUGGAGGGCGCCUGCGGCCUGGCAUUGUACAGAACGGAGGCAUCAUCAGGAUCGCCCAGGUGGAGCUGGCCGAUGCGGGGCAGUACCGCUGUACCGCCACCAACCCCGCUGGGUCCACCCAGUCCCACGUGCUACUCCUGGUACAAGCCCUGCCCCUGAUUUCCACGCCGCCAGAGGUCCGCGUGCCUGCUGGUUCUACCGCUGUCUUCCCCUGCAUGGCCUCUGGCUAUCCCACUCCUGAUAUCUCCUGGAGCAAGCUGGAUGGUAACCUGCCACCUGACAGCCGCCUGGAGAAAAACAUGCUAGUGCUGCCCUCGGUGCGACCCCAGGACGCAGGCACCUACGUCUGUACUGCCACAAACCGCCAGGGCAAGGUCAAAGCCUUCGCCCACUUGCAGGUGCCAGAGCGGGUGGUGCCCUACUUCACACAGACCCCCCGCUCCUUCCUGCCACUGCCCACCAUCAAGGAUGCCUACAGGAAGUUUGAGAUCAAGAUCACUUUCCGGCCUGACUCAGCUGAUGGGAUGCUGCUGUACAAUGGGCAGAAGCGGAUCCCAGGGAGCCCCACCAGCCUGGCCAACAGGCAGCCUGACUUCAUUUCAUUCGGCCUUGUGGGCGGAAGGCCCGAGUUCCGGUUUGAUGCAGGCUCAGGCAUGGCUACCAUCCGCCACCCCACUCCGCUGGCGCUGGGCCAAUUCCACACUGUGACCCUGCUGCGAAGCCUCACCCACGGCUCCCUGAUUGUGGGCAACCUGGCCCCUGUCAACGGGACCUCCCAGGGCAAGUUCCAGGGCCUGGACCUGAAUGAGGAACUCUACCUGGGGGGCUACCCCGACUACAGAGCCAUCCCCAAGGUGGGGCUGAGCAGCGGCUUUGUAGGUUGUGUCCGGGAGCUGCGCAUCCAGGGUGAAGAGAUCGUCUUCCACGACCUCAACCUCACAGCGCACGGCAUUUCCCACUGCCCCACCUGUCGGGAUCGGCCCUGCCAGAACGGCGGCCAGUGCCAGGACUCAGAGAGCAGCAGCUACGUGUGCAUCUGCCAGGCCGGCUUCACUGGCAGCCGCUGUGAGCACUCGCAGGCCCUGCACUGCCACCCAGAGGCCUGUGGACCCGACGCCACCUGUGUAAACCGACCUGACGGCCAAGGCUACACCUGCCGCUGUCACCUGGGCCGUUCGGGGUUGAGGUGUGAGGAAGGUGUGACAGUGACCACCCCCUCCAUGUCGGGCACUGGCUCCUACCUGACGCUGCCUGCUCUCACCAACACGCACCACGAGCUGCACCUGGAUGUGGAGUUCAAGCCACUGGCCCCAGAUGGGCUCCUGCUGUUCAGUGGGGGGAAGAGUGGGCCCGUGGAGGACUUCGUGUCCCUGGCGCUGGUGGACAGCCACCUGGAGUUCCGCUACGAGCUGGGGUCAGGGCUGGCCAUCCUGCGGAGCCCCGAGCCGCUGGCCCUGGGCCGCUGGCACCGCGUGUUUGCCGAGCGCCUCAACAAGGAUGGGAAACUGCAGGUGAACGGCGGCCGCCCCGUGCUGCGCUCCUCUCCGGGCAAGAGCCAGGGCCUCAACCUGCACACCUUCCUCUACCUGGGUGGCGUGGAGCCCUCCGUGCAGCUGCCCCCAGCUGCCAACGUCAGCACUCACUUCCGGGGCUGUGUGGGCGAGGUGUCAGUGAAUGGAAAGCGGCUGGACCUCACCUACAGCUUCCUGGGCAGCCGGGGCAUCGGGCAGUGCUAUGACAGCUCCCCGUGCGAGCGCCAGCCCUGCCAGCACGGCGCCACGUGCAUGCCCGCCGGAGAGUACGAGUUCCAGUGCCUGUGUCGAGAUGGCUACAAAGGAGACCUCUGUGAGCACGAAGAGAACCCCUGCCGACUCCGUGAACCCUGCCUGCAUGGGGGCACCUGCCAGGGCACCCGCUGCCUCUGUCCCCCCGGCUUCUCUGGCCUACGCUGCCAACAAGGCCCUGGACAUGGCAGAGAGUCCGACUGGCAUCUCGAAGGCAGCGGGGGCAACGAUGCCCCUGGGCAGUAUGGAGCCUAUUUCCAUGAUGACGGCUUCCUAGCCCUCCCCAACAGCGUCUUCUCCAGGAGCCUGCCCGAGGUGCCCGAGACCAUCGAGCUGGAGGUUCGGAGCAGCACGCCCAGCGGCCUCCUGCUCUGGCAGGGCGUGGAGCUGGGAGAGGUUGGCCGAGGCCAGGACUUCAUCAGUCUCGGGCUUCAGGAUGGGCACCUUGUCUUCAGCUACCAGCUGGGCAGUGGGGAGGCGCAUCUUGUCUCUGAGGACCCCAUCAAUGACGGCGAGUGGCAUCGGGUGACGGCACUGCGCAAGGGCCGGAGAGGCUCCAUCCAGGUGGACGGCGAGGAGCUGGUCACCGGCCAGUCCCCGGGCCCCAACGUGGCGGUCAACACCAAGGGCAGCAUCUACAUCGGUGGAGCCCCCAAUGUGGCCACACUGACCGGGGGCAGGUUCACCUCGGGCAUCACGGGCUGUAUCAAGAACCUGGUGCUGCACUGUGCCCGGCCCGGCGCCCCGCCCCCACAGCCACUGGACCUACAGCACAGCGCCCGGGAGGGGGCCAACACACGCCCCUGCCCCUCGUAGGCACUGGCCUGACCCACAUGGACUCCCGGGCAGCGCCCCAGCCCCACAAUGUCGAGUAUAUUAUUAUUAAUAUUAUUAUGAAUAUUUUGUAAGAAACUGAGGCAAUGCCACGCUUGCUGCUACUGCCCUGGGCUGGACUGAGGGGUGGGUCACCCCCACUCACAUCCCUGGGCAAGCCACAGGCCGGCAGGCAAGGCAGUUGGAUGGAAGCGAGUGCCUCAGAGGGCCGCCCGGACUUAGGCUCAGGCAUGGUGGCUGAGUGGGCUCAGAACUGCGCCACUGUCCCUCCAUGGAGCCCCCAAGGUAGAGCCGGGCCACCCACUCUGCAGCUCUUGAGCAGCCCUUGUUCCUACAAGAGCCACCCUCUGCGUCCAGCCUGGAGCAGGGCAUGGCAGGGCCUUUGCCACCCUCUUCUGGGUUGGGAAAGCUCUUCAGUGCCAGCUGUGGAGCAAAAGUCAGCUCACCCAUGAGCAGGCAGCCCCCACCCAGCCCAUGUCCCAGCUGCCCCCUCCUGCCAAAUCUUCCUGGCCUGCAUCGUCCCAUCCCACCCCACCCCCAUGGCCACCUAGGACCCCUGCCCUCUGGGGCUGCUAGGGAAACCACCCCCACCCUUACCAGGAGCUGCUACAGGCAGAGCCCAGCACUGAGAGGGCCCCCGCCCACACCAGGCCAUAUCCCCCCACUGAUCUGGAAGUGAAGGCCCAGGGGACAUGGGGGGAGGGAGUGUUGGUGAUCAAAAAAGUUAGUGCCUUGAGUAGGGGAUGCGGGGACUCGUGACUGGGAGGAGCCGGAAGGGGCCAUGACAGACCUGCCCCAUCUGUGGGAGCCCGAGGGCCCAACUGGAGACAGCGCCCUCCCCACCAGCAGCCCCAGACUGUGGGGUCAGGACACCUGGCCUCUUGUGUGCUAGAAGGGACCCUCCUGUGGUCUUUGUCUUGAUCUUUCUUAAUAAACGGUGCUAUCCCCGCCAGGGCCGUCUCCUGGGUCUAGGGCUUGGUUGGGCGGGACCUGAGGAUGAACAGGGAUGGGGCAAAACUGGGCCGGUUCGGUCUGGAAGUGAGCGAGGACCCCACUCCCUGCUCUUGGCCCAUCUAGCAGAGGGCCAGCCCUCAUGCCAGCUGCGGUCAGGUCCUCACCUCCUGUGACCAUCACAUCACCCUGUGAGGCAGGAGCCCCCACUCUCCAGGAGAGCAGACGAGUCAGGCCCAAAAGCCGACGGCCUUGGGUGGGGUGGGGGUCUGUCUGACCCCAGAGCCCACCCUUCUGCCUCUAAUGCCUGCAGCCUCUCUAGAGAUGGCCUUCCUGACCCUGGGAGGCUGGCCCACGCGGCCGCAGCCCUCCUGGAGCCACGCGACCAGGACUCAGGUAACAGAUGGUACAGCCAAGACUGAGGCCACGGGCACCAGCCCAGCAGGCCAGCCGACUGGAGGAGCAGCAGCACCAGAGGAGGCCCACGAGGAGGCCGGUGGAGGCCAGGAUCAGCAAGGAGGCCAGCACCACCCCCUGCAGUCGGGGACCUGUAGAAGGAAAGGGAGAGAGCACUGGAGUCUGGCCUGGGCUCGUGUCCUCUGGAGAGGGGACUGCGUGAUCUUGGUGGAAGGAGGGGAAGCAAGUGCCACUGACCUUCCCGAGUUAUGCCUGGUUGUUUGGGGUCCGGGUCUGCAAUGGGACUCCUGUCGGCCACAGUGUGGAGGGUGCCUGCAGACCCCAGAGCUGGUGGGAGAGUCGGGAGCGUGGCGGCAUCACCGUGCAUACUCCCUGCUUGACUGGGCACCAGAGAGGGGCCUGUAGUGGAGACGAGAGCCCACAUGCUGACGUUACCCCUUCUCGGGCGUGACUAGGCCCAGUUUAACCGUCCCCAGACCUCUCUGAAUAUCAGUGGUUCCACUUUACAGAUAAGGGGAGAGAGACACAGCGAGGUUAAGUCACUUGCCCAGGUUCCAGAACAGGGAGUGCUGGGGGGCCCUGCACACAGCUGCCUGCUCCAGGCCUGUGUCUGUGAAGGCCUGGGAAAGGGAGAGCUCUCGGGCCUCGCCUGGGCUCACAUCCUCUGGAGAGGGACCACGUGAUCUUGGCGGAAGAAAGGAAAGCAAGUGCCACUGACCUUCCCAAGUUGUGCCUGGUUGUUUGGGGUCCAGGUCUGUGAUGGGACUCCUGUUGGCCGCAGUGCGGAGGGUGCCCGCAGACCCCAGAGCUGGGGGGAGAGUCAGGAGUGUGGGAGGACUUCUCUGUGUACCGAGCACCACGCUAGGGCCAGCCCUUAUGGCGAUUCACUUAAGGUUUCUGACAACUCGGGCCUCCCCGAUGGCGCAGGCAGGUGAGCUCCGCACUGGGAAGCUGUCCGCAGCCUCUGCAGCGCCAUUUCGAUCCCGGCCAAGCGGCGAGGGUCCCACAUGGUGCAGCAGACCUCUCCUGUCGCACCCGCUGCUCCCCUCAGCAGUGUAUUUCAUCAGUCUGCCUGUUCUGUUCCCCACUCUGUCUCUAGUGAAUCCUCUCACUCUCCCGCGCCUCUGGCCUGUACCCCGGUUCUUGUAUAAAUGAAUAAAUCUUAAAAAGAAAAAGUUUCUGACAACUCUGAAAGCUUGGGUUUAUCACCCCACCUUACAGACAAGGAGACAGACAUGGAGAGGUCCAUUCAUCCACUCACUUGACCAGUAUUUCUGCAACUACUCUACCCCAGGCAUUGCUCUAGGAACUGGGAAAUGUGACCAUGAGCUAAAUACACAAAAAUGUCAUCUCUGGAAUUGGCAUUUUAGGGUGGGAAGUUCACAAUACAGAAAGCUCAGGUCAAAUGGAGACAGGUGCUAUGGAGAAAAAUUAAGCAGGGUAAAGGGGUAG